UACAUCCAUGGCAUAUACUGUCUAUGAUCCAUGGUCGCAUGAGUUUCCUUGUGAUUUUUCCUCCCCAUUCAUUGAACAUACAUUUCUUUGUGCUGCUGUUUGGUGUUAAAGUUUUCAAAUUGGAUCGGUUUCUUCCACAGACUGUGUGUUUUCUUCUGCGAGGUAAAUCAGGGAGACAGCAGAGUAAAUUAAUAACAAGUUGUAGUUCUUAAUAUACGUCAGGCCCGGUGAUGACGGAGAAAGGCAGUGGUCCCGCAGCCCGGGCGGUGCUGCAGCAGUGUCUGCGGGCCAGGCUGCAGGUCAAGCCCGCAGAGGAACACUCCGAGGCCCAGUUUGUCCAGAUUGACAGAGGGAUGGUGAUCUACGUGUGUUUCUUUAAAGGCGCCACAGACGACAUCCUGCCCAAGAUGGCGUCCACGCUGUUAAACCUGCGGCUGUGUGAGUCCGACUCGGGGAAGAUGGUGUCGGUGUUGGAGCUUCCCGGCAGCGUGCUGAUUGUCCCUCAGGCCACGCUGGGCGGGAAGGCCAAAGGCAGGGCCAUGCAGUACCACGACAACAUCCGCAAGGAGGACGGCCUGCGGCUCUACGCCGCCUUCGUUUCUCUGUGCGAGAAGGAGCUGACGGCCGCUGCUUCAGCUGAAGUGACGGUGAAACAUGGGACUUAUGGGAACAGACAAGUGCUGAAACUCGACACCAACGGACCAUACACACAUCUGAUGGACUUUUAAUCAAUGAAGCUUUACUAGUAGCCUCAUGGAGGUCCAACAUGUCUCUUAGUUAUUGUCCAAAUAUCUACCAACAGGGCUGGAAACAGUACCUAAGACUUUAUGUAUUGAUAUAUGCAGGGCUUUAAAUUGACACCUGCCAACCCGCCAAAUGAAGGUAAAAAUGUACUUUGGCCGAUAACAUUGUGAAGUUACUAACCAGAUAUGGCUGGUGAUGAAUGCCGACUGCAGAAAUGUUGCCAGAUUGGGCUGUUUUUUUGCCAAGAAAUGUGGCCGUUUUUGUGUUUUUGGCUUGGAAAACUCCCAUGAACACCAUGGCGUACAACCGCCGGCUACGUGCGUAGCGUGUGGUAUGAAUUACGAGCCACGCUGAAACGGAGAAGACGGACACAACGGCGAGAGACAAACUCUGCAAUUAAAGUCAAGUUAGGAAAAACUCAAUUUGGCUAGUGGAAAAAUCUGAUUGGCUGGAAAAUUUUAAGAAUCUAAAUUGUUGGCUAGUGAUCAAAAAAGUGAAUUUAAAGCCCUGGAUAUGUAAUAGACAAAACUACAUUGGAAUAUUGUGUAAUUGUGUAUCGCCCCACAGACAUGAGUAAGUAGACUACAAAAAAUCUCAAAUGUGCAUGACAACUAGGGCUGGGCGAUAUGGAGAAAAUCAAAUAUCACGAUAUUUUUGUCCAAAUACCUCAAUAUCGAUACCGCAACGAUAUUGUAGUGUUGACUAU